GAAACAGAUAUUAUCUACGAUAAAAAUGUAUAUCCUACUACUCACAAAAUCGAAGUAGCUCAAUUAGUAGGACGUAAAGUGACACAGCAAUGGUUUAAUAACAUGUUAAACAAUCCGUUCGUGUCGGAUUUUUGGUUUAAAAAGGGUGUUAUUACAUUGCUUGCAACAUAUGCUGUCAAUAAGAUUUAUCCAGAUUAUCGAAUAAUAAAUUUAUUUGUUGUUCAAAAUCAACAUUACUCUUUUAAUUUAGAUGGUUAUUAUAUGUGGAAUUCUACUUCACAAGUUAACACUUUAUUGGAAAUUAUCAAUUCUAUCAAAGUACCCUUUAUACUACGCAUGAUGAAACACGCCUUUGAUAACAUUUUUUGGAAAAACAUUAGCUUAUAUGCAAAUAGCACGCUAUCACAUCGUCUAGGCUCUGUAAAUCUUAUGAAGAAUGUUGCUAGAAAAAUAAAUCUUGCUUUAAAACUAACAAGAAUGGAAGAAUGGGCUUCGGAGAAGCAUUGUCCUCUCAUUAAAGUAGAACGAAGUUAUAAAGAUCCUAUGAGCCAAACAACUAUAUCGAUACAAUAUAUCGACAUAUUAGAAAUUCGCUGCAUUCCUAUAACUUUUACUACGGAAACAUCUUCCAAUUUUAACAAUUUCACUCAUUAUUUUCUACACGUGUCACGGGAUUUCGAAUUAUCAUUACCAUUUAAAGAGGAUGGUUGGAUGAUAUUCAAUAUACAACAAGUUGGAUAUUAUCGCGUUAACUAUGAUGAUGAAAAUUGGCGAAAAAUUUCAAGUUAUUUAAAAUCAGAUAAUUGCACGAAAAUUCAUGUUCUUAAUCGUGCCCAAAUAAUCGAUGAUGCAUUUCAUUUAAUGAUAGCAGGCCAACUCAAAGCCUCUAUAUUCUGGGAUCUCACAGAGUAUUUGCAUCGAGAAGAAGAUUAUGUGGCAUGGUAUCCUAUGUUUAAAGCUAUGGAAUACGUAUAUGGUGCCAAUACUCAUCGUGUAUGGGAAAACAUGGAGGGAUAUAUUACGACGAGAGUAAGAUACAUUUUACGCGCGCUACUUGAAAGAAUCAAAUAUGAAGAAAUUGAUGAUACAGACCAACUUAGAAUAUGUUUACGACAAGAAGCUGCAAGAUGGGCAUGUUUUCUCGAUGACCUUAAUUGUAAGGAAGUAGCCAACAGGAAAUUAGAACAUCAUCUCUUAGAUCCUACAAAACACAAACUUUUGCCAUGGUGGCAGGAAUGGACAUAUUGUAACGGUUUGAAAACAAUUACCAACAAAAAGACUUGGCAAUUAGUGUAUAAUAUAGGAUAUAAAAAAUCUGACACUAAAUUUAUAGAAUAUUUGGCUUGCAGUAAAGAUACUGAUAUAACUAAAAACUAUUUAACAUAUAAACCUUUUUCUAAAUUAGAAAAUCAAUAUCUUUUUAACAGUUUCUUACAUAUUAUUACGAAGCAUGCGAAGAAUCGAAAUAUCCUGAUGGACAUAUUAAAUGACAUUUUUUUUAACAUAAGACCAAAACAUGUUGAUGUAACUGCAGCAUUAAUUAUUAUUAUUAAUAACGUAUAUUCCGUAAAUCUAACUGAGGAAAUAAAGGAAUACGUUAUAAGGUUCAAGUUCCACGCAAUCUUAUCAAUUGAGAAAAUGAAAGAAAAGGAUUCCAUAAUGCUGAAGUCUGAUAAAGUUGAAAGCAAGAUAUCAAUUCGCAACUAUCAAAUCGAAAGACAGAAGCAGUAUUAUGAAACAUUUUUCUACCAGCAGAAUAAUUACACGUUAACAUACUCUUCUUCCAAUCAACGCGAUGAAUUGUGAUAUUAAAAAAUUAUCUUAUAAUACUUUUCUUUGUAUUAUUUACGUUUCGUACUAUUUUUAAAUGAUAAAUGUCGAAUCUGUUUUAGCAAUGUAAAAUGUGUAUAACAGUGUUGCAACAUAAACAAAAAAUUCGAAAAAAAAUCCGUUAUGCUAUAUGUAUAAUCAGAAAACAAUUAAUAUUUCUUGACCUUAUAGUUCAUCACUUAGAAUAUAAAAGCAGCUAUUAUGUGUAACACAUGCACUUAUAUACAUAUAUUUUUUGUACAUCUUAUAGUAUAGUGUUUUUAAUU